AUGGGCUGCCGUCCGAUGUUUUUGCUCGAUGCGGGUGAAGCGAAGGAGCUAAUUCCUCUCAAAAUUUUAUUCGCCGUUCACAGCUACUGCUACUCUCUGGUCGCGUAUCUACCGAUCUUCUUUGAAGAGUCCAAUUUCUCCAAGAGUCAGAUCGGCAUCCUGCUCGCUAUCCCAUGCCUCUGUACGAUCAUCGGGCCUCCGAUGUGGGGUGCAGUGGCUGAUGCAUUGCAUCGCCACAAACCAGUACUCGUUAUGUGCCAGAUAACGUCAGCGUUACUCAUUUUCGCGAUCCAAUUCGUGAGCUCAUUCCCGCUCAUGUGCGUGACCGUAUUCGCGGCGUACUUCCAAAUGGUUCCAACGCUCGCAUUACUGGAUCUCGCAGCGAUGAAGCUUACGGGUCGUCAUGGAGGCGACUUUGGUAAGCAGCGCGUGUAUGGUGCCUUUGGCUACGGAGUAGGCGGCUACAUUUCCGGUAUGAUGGCUUCAGCUGUCGGAAUCGAGUGGUGCUUCACAAUGAUGCUGGGUGUGUCCUGUAUUACGUUGCUAUUGCUGGCCCUGUACAUUCCUGCGGGAUACGGAGAUGACAACGAUCAACCUCCACAGAAGGGACUCCUGCGAAGCAGUGUGAAACACAUUAUGCGCCGUCCAGACGUGCUCGUGCUCUUCGUCGUCGCUCUUGUGGCGGGUAUCAGUGGAGGCUUUAUCGAUUCGUGCUUAUUUCUCCAAGUGUAUGAUCUAUCCGACGACGGUGCUACCAUUGUCAGCGUGUUCGUUGCCGUGCAAACGUUGUCCGAGAUUCCGCUGUUCUUCAUGUCCAGCGUCAUGAUUCGGCGGUUUGGCACUACUGGUUGUCUUGCCAUCGUCAUGGCCGCUUUCUUCACUCGUGACAUUGUAUACACAUACAUGGAGGAGCCAUGGUACAUCGUGCCACUCGAGAUGCUUCACGGAGUUACCUACGGGUUGCUAUUGGCGUCAUUAACUACCUAUAUCUAUGAUGCAUCUCCGAAAGGGGCAACUGGAACGAUGAUUGGUCUGCUUUCAGCGUUCAUGCGUGGUAUUGGGGCUGGCAUUGCAUCUCUCGUUGGCGGCUACAUUUACGAUGGUUACGGUGCUCGGACAAUUUGGAAGAUUGGCGCUUUCGGUCUCGUUCCGGCUUCACUUCUUCUUAUUGGUGUAUUUGAAUUGCUGGCUCGCCGGCAAAAUUCGACAGAGGUGGAGAAACAUCUAGUGGAUGAGAUUGAUUCUUCCUCUGAGAUGAACAAGCUGUCACCAAUCCAAUGA